UAAGCAAAGACUUAUGGGAUAGAAACUAUUCAGAUCUCCAUUGGCGAUGAGAUCACAACAUGCUGAUAAAUGUUAACAAAUCUUAAAAGGAUUUAAACGUUCCAAAGAAAAGUGGAUACACCAUCUACAUUAAUCACAAUGGCUUCAAAACAUGGGACAUCAUGGAAAGAUUCUGUGUCAAAUGCAGGUGAUGAGAUUCACGACUUUUCCUGUUCUGUGUGCAAAGAUGACAAUCUCAACAUAGAGGCCGAGUAUUUCUGUGGGGACUGCUCUAAAUAUUACUGUGACACGUGCCUGACCUUCCAUGCCAAACUACUUAAGCAUCAUGUUGUAUUGGGCCGUAAGGAUGUGGACAUGUGGGUGGGGCAAGGUGAUGCCCUGGUAGCGUGCGCCCUUCACCCUCCGAAGGUCAUAGAACUGCUGUGUGAGGAUCAUGAUGAGCUCUGUUGUCACCUCUGUGUGUCACUGAACCACAGGAUGUGCAGAAGCAUCAGCUUGAUAUCUGAUCUGGCCAAGGGCAUACAUAAGAUGGCCAAUUUCAAGCAGCUUCCAGCCAAUGUUACCAAGGUAACAGACAGAUUGAACCAGGUAAAUGAGGCCAGAAAGAAAAAUCAGAACUCCCUCAAUACAUCAGGCAAGUCCAUACUGACACAGAUCAAGAAUCUGAGGUCAUCACUGAACGAGAUGCUUGAUGAGCUGGAGAAAAUGACAGUGGAACAGAUUGACAGUGUCCUGGCUGACCUUGAUGGGUCAUUACAGAAGGACAUUGACCACUGUGACCUGCUACAUGACCAACUUAAGGCCUUACUGGACACAGUCCAAGCCCAGGGCAAGGAGUCCAGCUCCUACAUUGGCUUUAAGAAAUGCAAGGACACGAUGGAAGAGGCCAACAGACUUCUCCAUGAGAUAGAAAACAAACAAGAGGCAACCAUCACUUUCCAGCCUGACACACGCGCUCAACAAUUGCUGUCUGACUUGAAGGCACUAGGAAACAUCCAGGUGUAUUCUGAUCCACAGUUUCAACAAUCAAGUGGAAAAAUCCAUCAGUCCUCUAUUAAAUCCAAGGUUUUCAAGUUGAAGGAAAAGAAAACAUAUGCAGUGAAUAUAAAGAAAGACAAAUUGACUUGUUAUAUUACUGGUAUGACAGAACUUCCAGGUGGAGAGAUUGUUUUGGCGGACUUUUACAAUCUCAGAGUAAAGGUAUUAGACAGUAAAUACAAGCUGACAUCCUACUGUGAUAUCCCUGAGUCUCCAGAAGACAUCUGCCACAUCUCAGACCAUCAAGUGGCUGUAGCUGUUGACAAUGUGACUGACAGGCAUGAGAUCAACUUUCUCACUGUGUCUGCUGACACCAUCAAGAUGACCAGGAAGCUCUCAGUUGACCAUUUAUGUAUCUCCAUCAAGCACCAUGAGGGCAAGCUGUAUGUGGGCUCCCUUACCGCCCUGUAUCUAUACACAACAGAUGGAAGCCUGGUCAACAAAAUAUACGAGGACACAUCUGGGAAAUGUACAGUGAAAGCAUUUGCCUUGAGCACAGAUGGCAGCAAGUUAUACGUUCCAGCUUCCAGCAAAAACAAGAUUGUCACCUUUGACAUAUCAGGCAACAUUCUGGCUACACUGAAUGACCCUGACUUUCACUGGCCUUGCAGAGUACAUGUGAGUGUGGCUGGACAUGUGUUUGUGUGCUCACAUAAAUCCCAUACAGUGGUGCAGAUUGACCAUGAAGGCAGGAAGAAGCUGGCCACACUGGUCAGGGAGGGAGAUGGCAUCAACAAACCAAGGGCAGUUUUGCACAGCACCCACACUGGUAGGCUCAUCGUAGGGGGAGAACAAAAUGACAUUCUGGUGAUGGAACUACAGGAAUAAUUAGUGGUUAAUCAAGGAUAUAGAGUGAAUAAAGAUGAACAUUAACAAGUUGUGAAAAGUGUUUUUGAUUGGCAUCUGUAAUUUUGUAUCAUUAAUAUGUUUGUAUAAUCUUUGACAAAGACCCUAAUACAUGUACAAAACAGUUAUGUUAAAUACUAAGUUUCUUGAAAUAGUAUUUUUGUGCACAACUCUAUUGAAUAAACAUAACCAUGUUUGCUUUGUAAUAAAUGCAUUAAAGGUCAAUUACAUUUGUUUCAACCACAAGAUAUUGAAAUACUUUCAUGUAUAUACUCCUUUAGUGUGUAAAAUCAUAGCAAUUCUAUUUAUAGAAAUGUUAUUUACUUGCCAUCAUGAAAUAUAUUGUUUCAUACACUUUUCAACAGGCCUGAUAACUUGUGAUUUGACAUUUCAAAUAUAAAGCACUGCAAAUUGUACAUUUUCUUAAGCAACAUUCAUGGUAAUUAUUUCUAUAAAUCAUCAAAUUACCUAAUCAUCAAGACUGAUUUUAUCAAUUUUCAUAAAGUUGUUAAAUUAUAAACAAAUGUAUCAAAUGACAACACAAGAACAAUUCUUUGUGACAUAAACUAUAAACUGUUGUAAA